UUCAAGAAGUUUUUUUAAGUAAGGGUGACCCUUCAACAAUACCUGGUGAAGGCAAGGGUUAUGAGAGCGAGAAAGAAAGCUGAUGAAAAGCUGAAAGUAACCAAAAAGCUAAAAGCAAGCGAGGAAAAAAUAAAAAAGGCAGCAAGAAAUUAAGAAAGAAGAAAUAUGGUACGACAGCUUUUUCUUUCUUAAUUUUGGUCAUGCUUGGUGAUGAUGGUAGCUUAGCUAGAGUUUGACAAUCCGGCCUGCUGCAAGAUUAGGUUUUCUCUGUCUGCAGAACAAAGAUUUGAGCCAUGUUAGCCAACAACACUCCUUCUUCUUCCUCCGAACCCUUUGCCACUUUGGAUAACGGCAGCAACAACAGCAAGCGGAAGCGCCGCCCAGCCGGAACUCCAGAUCCGGAUGCGGAGGUGGUGUCGCUGUCUCCGAAAACGUUGCUGGAGUCUGAUCGGUAUGUAUGCGAGAUCUGCAACCAAGGGUUCCAGAGGGAUCAGAACCUGCAGAUGCACCGGCGGCGGCACAAGGUGCCGUGGAAGUUGCUGAAGAGGGAGACGCCGGUGGUGCGGAAGCGAGUUUUCGUGUGCCCGGAGCCGACGUGUCUCCACCACGACCCCUGCCACGCACUGGGUGAUCUGGUGGGCAUCAAGAAGCACUUCAGGAGGAAGCACAGCAACCAGAAGCAGUGGGUGUGCGGUAAGUGUUCAAAGGGCUACGCCGUCCAGUCUGACUACAAGGCACAUCUCAAAACCUGCGGCACUCGCGGCCAUUCCUGCGACUGCGGCCGCGUUUUUUCCAGGGUGGAGAGCUUCAUCGAACAUCAAGACGCUUGCAGCAUGGGCCGCCUCCGUUCAGAAUCCCAAUCUCAUCAUCUUCAGCCGGCGGGGGCCUGCCUUUCCCGGACCGCCUCCAGCCCCAGCCCCUCCAGCGACACCAAUCUCAGCGCCGCCGCCGCUCCCUGGCCUCUCUUGAUGUCCAAGCCGGCCACUUUCAUGGAUGCUACUCCCAAGCCCCACAACUUAGAGCUGCAGCUCUUGACAACCACGUCCGCCUCCUCCAGCCGCUUCGACGUUUCUGUCACUUCCAAGACGGACGAGGAUCAGUCCACGCAGCUGCAGCUCUCCAUUGGCUCCUCCUCGGAUUUCGACGCAAGGGAGCAACUGCGGCUGGCCAUGGCCGAGAAAGCGUACGCGGAGGAGGCGAGGCAACAAGCCAAGAGACAGAUUGAGUUAGCGGAGCAAGAAUUGGCAAACGCCAAGAGGAUCAGGCAGCAAGCGCAGGAAGAUCUAGACAAAGCACAGGCUAUGAGAGAACACGCCAUUAAGCAAAUAAACUCCACCCUCGCUCAAAUCACAUGCCAUGCUUGCAAAAACAAGUUUGAAGCUCCCAGGGCGGACCACUACAACACCUCCUCCAUGGAGUUCAGUUAUAUCUCGUCGUCGUCUAUGGCGUUAACGGAAGGACACGGACAAAAAUAAUAAUAAUGUAUGUAGUCACAAACAUUAUAAUUUUUUUUUUAUUUUUUUUUUGUUUAUGGUACGUGGGUGGAGCUGAUCGAGGCCGGGUUACUACAAGUCUGGAGGGAGUGAGGGAUCCGAUCGGAGGAUACUAAUUAAACAUAACAUUAUUAUUAUGAGUUGAGAUGGCAUGGAUCGGAGUACGUAGUUUUUGUGGUGAAGGAUCGGAUCGGAUGGGAGCCCAGGGUUAAUUAAUUUGUAUCCAAGAAUUGAAUUAUUUGGUUUAUUUUGUUUAUUGAAUUGAAUUGAAUUGUAUUGGUGGUUACUUGUUUUCCCGUAA